AUGUACUGCCAUGAAAUGGGCCCCGUAUCGGGGGAAAUGCAUGACCGACAGUUUAUUGUGGUGAAUGGUAAGACAGGAUUGUUCUAUACCGGGAGGCAAAAGCCAUAUAUGGUGCUGAUCGACUGUGAAGUUCACGACGGAGUUCUCACUAUGACCCACGUGGAUGGACGUUCUGUGAGAGUGAAACUCGAUGAAGUUGUCAAAACGAAACGAAGUUGUUUCGCAACGAGAGAAGCGAUGGACUGGAUUGUGGGGAUGAUGUGGCCGCAUUCCUUAGCGAUCGGCAAUCGAGCGUUUUCGACGGUGAUUCUUGUGGAUAAGGCCGCUUGGGACGAAGACAAGUGGCUCAGUGUUCACAUUGGAGACGCGGCAUUGCAGUGUUUACAACCGUGCUUCCGGUUCCGACUGGCCCCAGAGGGACCUCUUCGCGACGAAAAAAAGGAAAGUCCGAUGUUUGGCGUCGAUGCUGGAAUCAUCACUCCAGGUUAUAUCCACGUUGGGCAGACCGUGUAUGUUCGCUACAAAUCGGCUUUCCGAAAAGCGACGCCAUACUUCUGGAAUUAG